UUUUCAUCGUACAAGGCGUGGAUAGUAUCAAAGCGUUUGUUUAACAGGCCCUCUCUUUGAGCUCUCACAUUUUCAUCUUCUCCGUUGGUAAAAAUCAGACAUGUCGACAAGUCUUUCCAGCCCAUUUCUUCUCAACAAAACCCAUUCACAACCAUCAGGUUCUCAUAUUAAGUCAGCUGCCCAAUGUAUUGGAGGUGGAAGAAUUACAAAGGUGUCUUACAGAACUAGCCAACCUCCUGCUAAAAGGGCAAUCUUUGUGCAAGCAGGCUAUAGUGAUGGUGGAAGGCCAAGCAGCGGAAACAGCAUCUUCAUUGGUGGCUUUGUGUUAGGUGGAAUACUUAUUGGUGCUCUUGGUGCUGUAUAUGCGCCUCAGAUCAGCAAGGCACUAGCAAAAGCUGACAAGAAGCUUCCUGCACUCAUCUAUGGUGAGGAGAAAGCUCUGGAGAUGACUCGCAAGAAACUGGAGGCUACUAUUGAUGGGCUUAAUGCUGACAUAGAUGAUAUUUCUGCUCACCUGCGGGCAGAAGUUUCUCCAAAUGGAGUUUCUAACCACUCUGAUGAAAUUGAAGCUUAGUGUUGCUGUUACACAUAAUUAUGGGCACAAUAACGUUCUUCACCCCUUUUAAUCUUUGUAGAAGAAAGACAUUGUUGUUCUUUCUAAUGUGUGAACUCGUCCCUCAUUAAUUUGAAUCUUUUAGUAAGAAGCAAUAGUUUUGCCGUUGUCUCUGCCUCCUUUAGCUGAUCACCAUAUUGUCUCUGAUACAUACUGAACACAUCUGUUCAUGGUGAAAGAACUAAUACAACCUGCAUGAACAGGAAUUGUAGUAUGUAAAUUGUUUAAGUUGAAAUGAAGCGAAAAAAUAUAUUUGUUUUUAA